CGGAAAUUUUUACUGAAGUGGCAACACUCGGCUUCAGAACAAACAAAUUAUUAAACCAAAACAAAGAAUUGCUGCACUUUCGUUCAACAGAUUAUAGUUUAUUUAGAGAAGUAUUUGCCACACUACAGCAAUGAGCACACGAAUCUGUGUUUUUAAGGAUUGCAAUAACUACUACAGUCGAAUCGAAAACAGUGAUGUCACAAUAUUUUCAUUUCCAAAGGAUCCGAAACGAGCAGAGCAGUGGCGUUUACUUGGCCAAGUACAUCCCAAUAUUACCAACAGGCAAUUGUUUAUGUGCUCCAAACACUUUGAUGCCAAAUACCUAUCCAUAACAAAGAAUCGCACGAUUCUUUUGGGAGAGGCGGUACCAAAUGCAUAUGAGAGCACAGAGAAUUUAGUCGCAGUGGACAACGUUAAUCACAAUCAAGAGACUUCCCCAUCAUCGAGCACCGCUCAAAGUUUUUAUAUUGAUCUGGACGAUGAUCAGCUCAACGUUGAAAAUGUAAUCAUAGUAGAGUCAAGUAAAUCUAACGAAAUGGAUCAAGUGAAGCAGUGCGAAUUUCUUGGCAAUCAUGAUAAACGCAUUGCAUCCGAGCUAAAUAUUUCCACAGUUGGAGUAAGCAUUGUGUCGCCUUCUCGCAAUCGCGCAUACUCGCCAUCUCUUUCCCUCCCAGAUUCAUCGGAUGACUGCAUGGAGGAGGAUGUUGAGCAACUAAUUGAUGCCUCCGAAGUAUCUUUAUUUAAAAUGAGAAACGAAGAAUAUGUCCAAAUGACCAGAGAAUACUAUCUGCGAGAGAAACGGCAAAUGAUGAACCAGCUGCGAGCAUACAAGCAAAUUCUUCGCAGCUUUAAGACGCAGUUAGUGUCACUGGAAGACUUAUAAGUGGAAAGUUAGAUUUAUAAGUUAAAUAAAAAUUGUAAUUCGUAAUCUUACAAGCUAAUUCUUAGCAUCUUUAAGGUAAAUAUACUAUAAAUAUGUAAGCUGAAGA